UGUCACGCCCUGCAGGUGCAGAGCACCCCGCCCACGCACACAUCUUCCCUCGCGACCACACGCACCCGCAUCCGCCAGCCGCCGCGCCAGCGUCCGCGGCCGCCAGGCUGCCAGCGACGCUGCCGACGCAUCCAUCUCGCUGCGCAUCUGCAUCGCCUCGACUGAAGCUCCGCGCCGGGCGCAGGCUGUGCACUAGAGGCGUGUGCGCGACGGGGCGUGUGUGGCACACAGUGCAGCGCACCGCUGGCCAGACUUGCGCAGCUACAGCCAGGCCAUUCGGCGCCAUGUGGGCUUCCCAGGCGGCGGGCAGUGGCGACGAAGCCUCGUCGCCCGAGUCGGAGCGCAUGAGUGACUUCGAGCAGCGCACCGCCGCCGCUGGCAGCAGCAGCUCGCCUCGGCUGCUCGACGUCCGCCGUGCGCCUGCUGCCGGCUACUCUCUCGCGGCCAGCGCGCUCCUGCAGGCGCACUACGCGCUCGAUGGCUCGCCGCCUUGGCCGUUUGCUGCGCCGCCGGAAGAGGAGGCGUGGAAGCCAGACGGACAGCAGCAGCUGCCGUGGGUCGAUCAGAGACAGCUCCUGCCGUGUGGUCAAGGCACGCCAGUCAUGAUUGACUGGGAGGCGUUGGCAGGCGCGCUCGAGCAGCUCGUCAAGCCGGCACAGGCAUCCAGGCGCCUGGAGGAUGUGGUGAUCCGGCCUUCCUUCGACCGCCUCUGCGAGCGUCUGGCGCACGUCGCCUCCUCUGCCGCACCGCGCUCGACGCAGUACAAGCGCUCGCGCACGCGAGCAGCAGCCAAGGCCAUCGACAAGUGUGUGCGCCUCUGGGCGCCCUUUCUCAGGCGUGCCGAGGCGGCGCAUCCUUCCAACUCGGCGCAGCCCGGCAGCUCGGCCUCACCGCACAUCUCGACCUCGCCGAGCCGCCCGACCACGCCGUCAAACGCGAUGUCCGAUCCGCCAUGCGAUGCAGACAGCACCAUCGGGACAUCGCCGCAGCUGGCAGAGCCAGACACGCAGCGCAGUCUGCUCGCCAGCUCAGUCGAACGCAUGUGGCUGCAACGCAAGCCUCGUUUCGAGCCUCGCGCAGACGUGCUCGACAUUGAUGCGCAUCUUACUCCACUCGAGGCGCUCUCUCAAGUGCAGCAUCUCCUGCAACUGCAUCCCAAGCGUAUCUUACCAGCAGUCGAUGCUCUAGGUGAUCUCGACGUAGCAAGCUCGCAGUCUCUGCCGCUGUAUGACGGCGCAGAGGGAAGACAUCUGUAUGUCAUGGGCAGCGCGGAACAACGUGCCGUCGUCAUCAACCACGUCGCUCUGCACACGCCGGGGCUCGGCAGCACGACGACAUUGAUCCUCACGCAGCGCGGCGCUUCCACUCAGUCUGGCAAUUGGGCAGAGGCAGGCGUCUUGCCUCCGCCGAUGCCCCCCUCGGUGGCAUGCUUCGAGAGCGUGGUCAACUUCCGCUACACGGGCUUCGCGGCCUCACCGUUCCGCGGCAUUGCACGUGCCAUCGCCACGGGCUCGUCGACGUGGAUCGACAUGGACACCUUCGCCGGCGAUGGCCGCCUCGUCGGUCUCGGCUCGGCAGUCGCCAGCAACAGCGAGCGGACGACCUCUGCGCCUACACCAUUGCCUCUACCCACACUCGCAUCGAUGGCAGCUGAUGUCGCUGGCCAAGCCGGCGCAAGCAGCUCAGACCUCGCCGGCGUGCUCCCCGAGUCGCUCUUGCGGCACUUUGACUUUGCGCCGUACCCGUGCGUCUCGUGCCAUCGCCUCGUCCAUGCGCCGCCCACGCGUGCGCCACUCUGGAGUCGCCUGCAGCAAGAGCUGCCCGACGAUCGAUCCGUCUCGUUCUACUGGGCCUGCAAGCAACUCGAAGGCCUCGACCGCAUCGUCGCUGAAGCUCGCAAGUACGGCUACCUUCCGGCAUGGACGGACUACCUCUUCGCCGAUGCGGCGGCUCGCAAGAGAACGCCUGAAGCCCCACGUUCCGUCGCUGUCGGCGGACGUGGGCCUUGGAUUCAGGGCUUGCCGGACUGCGAAUGGCGCUUCUGCAUGGCAUGCGCUGGUCUCCAUAUCCGGCAGGCCGGCAGCGAGACGUGCGGCUGUCUCAUGUGCAGUCCAAUGACGCAGCAACGCCCGCCUCGCUACACUGUCUCAAAGACGUGGAGGCGCCACGUCCUCGACCGGCCCAAGCUCAAGUUCUGAAUGCAGAGACGUUCACGCAUCACGGCAGGCGUGACGAGGCGGAGACGGCGGCUCACGUGCUUCGCUGCAGAGAGCUGAGGUGCGACGAGAGCCAUGCUCAGGGUGACGAGAGGUGACAUUGUGCCCCGAGCACAAUCAGCUUUGCGCAAGGUCAGCGCGCAGCAUGUCGAGCACGAGGACAUCUACCGCCGAAAAGACAUGGGGGCCUGCCUGUGCCUGAGCAUCGUUGAGCGCAGCCGACACGGCGGCGCCAAUGUCGGUCGUGUAGGCCGGAUCCAGAUCCGCCAGCGCGCCGGCGCGCGCCGAGCCAGGCGCCGUGUCUUCUAGCUCAUCGCCUUCGUCGUCGGAGAGCGCCACG